AUGUGGGAGGUCGUAUGGACGGAUCCCGAUAGGGAGUCCAGAAAAGAACACCGCGAGCGGAAGGCAGUAGAGCGAGAAUACAAGGACAAGUCCCGAGCGACCAGGGCUUCUGUGUCCACUCGGAGCUCCUCUUCAUCUGAUAACAAGCCAUUCAGCUUCUUCGGAUCCAAGGGUCUUAAGAGGACACUUACACCGUCAAGCGUUAAAUCACCCAUGAAAACUACAUUAGGAUCCCCGAGCAUCGACAGCACCUAUAGAGGCUCGCUCUUGUCGGCCAUCUCGGAACCACCGCCACUCCCUGAAGUGCUUCCUGGCACUCCGAUCACGGCCGUGGAUCGCACCGACCUGCUGGAUCACUUAGCUGAAUCUUUGCAAAGCUCACCAAGAUCAUCCAACAGAGACUCAGUUUUCUCCAAAUGGACAGACAACUCGUUGGCUGUGCCUGCAUCUCCAUGCGACACGUCCGUGAGCGAGUUGACGGUAGGAAAGCGGGAGAACUACGUCCAGAACCUUGGCCCAACCUCCUUCAUUACAAAGAGCACUGAGAUCACUAUCUUGCCCCGGACGACAGAGAACGAAAUCUCAGGGAUGGUUUCACGCGUCACUAUCACAGCGGAACCUGUCAAGGAGGAGCCGCCGACACCUCCUCGUUCGCCGGCAACGCAACCUGCAAUCCCGACCUUGAUUGAUACACCCGUCAACCUGUUCCCAGGGCAGGUGAGCCCGAAGCAAUCACUACGGCAGGUGGCUUCGUGGAUGACAGCGUUCAAGCCUAACAACCCAGAUGCCUGGAAGCCUCCAGAUGAGUGGGAUUGCGGUCCGGCACUAGAAGCGCGAAGCCCGAUGAUUGAGAAUGACAUCGAAGAGGCACUAGAGGUUGAUGAUGGACUCGCCAUGUCCAUGGACCUCAACAGCAUGCAGCGCGAGAUUAGACGCAUGGCCGCCGCAAGCCACAGCAUCCGUCUUCUGCGCUUGAAAGAAGUCUGGGGCGACACCACCGAUGCCAAUCUCUACAAGGAACUCGAGAUGGAGAAAAAGAGGUGGAUGCUUUCGUCGUUACACAACAUGGACAAGCAGGAGAAUCAGAACCAGGAGGCCCAUGCUGAUAAGAUUACCCCGGCUAAGGCAAACAAGGUUCUAGCACUCUACGAGGCUCAAGCGACUACCUCAUACUUGGCAGCCCUCCACUUCAACAAACAAGUCUAUCACCUGUCCUCUGCUCCUCUGUCUCAUAAUCUCUUCCCCAACAUACACCCAGUUCUUGUGCCCGCAGUCUCGCCAUCAGCCUUCCCAGUGGCACCGUCGCUGUUUGGUGUUGCCUACUCGCUGGCACUUCCGGCACUGUUGCCAUCUGCCGAAGUCCCUGGGCUUCUCAAAAACGUCCACAGGUGUCUCGCAGUUGGGGGAGCCCUGCAUCUGACGCUGAUCGAUCCCCUUCCGAUUACACACACACUCGGCCCCCUUAUGCGCUCGUGGAUUGAGGAGAACCUUAUUUUCAACCUUGAAAAGAACUUCCGCUGCGUUAACCCUAGCAAGCUGUUUCCGCUCUGGCUCGCAGAUGCUUCUCUUCGUGGCGAUGGCAGUACCAUCACCACGGUAAGAUUCUGCGCCAUGCCACCCAUCGACAGGCCGGACACGGCCACGACUGACGCCGAACAGCUUGCGGAUAGGGCCGUUAAACAGGAGCUGCGCACUAUAGUCGGUCGAAUGCUCUGGGGAGAAGUCUGGGGUCAGUUCAUUACUGCCGACCAGUGGUGGUGGGAGCAGCCCGACAUUGUUGCAGAGUGCGAGCAGCUCAAGACAGCGUGGGAGUACAGUAUCAUUGAGGCGGUCAAGACUGCGUGA